AUCCGCCUGAGCGACAGCCGGGUUGUCUUCAGCCCCGGCGAGCCGCUGGUAGGCACCGUCACCGUCCGCCUGGCUGGAGCUCUCCAGUAUCGCGCCAUCAAAGUGAGCUGCGUGGGCUCCUGUGGGGUAUCUAACAAAAUAAAUGACACGGCGUGGACGGUGGAGGAGCAGUAUUUUAAUAGUACCCUGUCCCUGGCAGAUAAAGGGAUCUUGACUGCCGGCGAGCACACCUUUCCGUUCCGUUUUUUGCUGCCAGCUUCGGCCCCCACCUCUUUCGAAGGCCCUUUUGGGAAGGUGAUGCACCAGGUAAAAGCUGUGAUUGAGACACCACGGUUUUCCAAGGAUCACAAGUGCAACAAGAUCUUCUACGUCCUCUGUCCGCUGAAUCUGAAUGACAUCCCAGAUAUUGAGCACUGCAACACCAACUCCAUCACCAAGAAGUUUAGCUACAAGCUUGUGAAAACUGGAAAUGUGGUUUUGACAGCCACCACCGACCUGAAGGGUUACACAGUAGGGCAGAUCAUCCAGUUGCGAACGGACAUCGAGAACAAAUCUGGCCGGGACACUAGCACCAUUGUGGCAAGUCUCAUCCAGAAAGUUGCCUAUAAAUCCAGGCGGUGGAUUUAUGACUUGAGGACCAUAGCUGAAGUGGAGGGCUCAGCUGUGAAAGCAUGGAAAUGCGCCGAGUGGAAAGAGCAGAUUCUUGUCCCAGCAUUGCCACAGUCCAUUCUGCAAGGCUGCAGUCUUAUCCAUAUUGAUUACUACAUCCAGGUCUCCCUCAAGUCUCCCGAAGUCUCCAUUGCACUGCCAAUUUACAUUGGGAACAUUCCUGUGAACCGGAUCCCCUUAAGCCCUUCCCACUUAUCCCCAAACAUUCCCUCGCCUGUGGUUCCGAGUGCACCCCCCGAAGAAGAGGAAGCAGCCGGGGGCUAUUCCCACCCCAUGGACAAUAUUUCAAUCCCUACCAAGAGUCAUUCUCAACAGCUGCCCUUCAGCUAUGCCCCGGGCCUAAGCUUUCCAGAAGUGAGACCAGAUUCUGAGCAGACCACCUCACCCAACCAUCCCACACUUUGCUUGUCAACGGGUGCAACGGUUCCUUAUUACGCCGAGGGAGCUGUCGUUCCGGUGGCUACGGCCAGCUCUUUGAUCCUACCGCCAGAGUAUAGCACCUGGGGUUACCCAUAUGAGGCACCUCCUUCAUAUGAACAGAGUUGCAGCAGUGCUGCCUCUAGCUUGAGCAACGACAUCUGAUUUGGAAAUCUGAAGGCCAUGGUGAAUCAGGAGGAAGGACAGUACACAGCCUUGCUUGGAAGAGGUGGUCUCACCUGGCCCCAGGCCUGCUGGCCACUACUCACCAACCCUACGCAUGCCUUGCACAACCCAUCUGUGAACUAUGGGGUCUCGCCACCUAAGUUUGCUGCUUGACUCUCCAAACACCUGCGAUGCCUUAUCAGGAAUGCAGCCGGGAUGGAAGGGGGCGGACGGAUCCCUCAAGCGUGUGAACGUACUUUUUUGUUUUUUGAGUGCUGCUCUUGAUUUGCUACGGAAUUCCCACGGUGGGACUGACUGGAAAGCAACAUUUUGUUCUUCUCCCCUGUUGCUCUAGGACUCUCUCUCGAGAGGGGUGCAAAUACUGUCGGAGAGCUCUUUUCAACAUUCCUGUGAUCCACAGGCAUCCUUUUUUAAAUGGUGUAACGUGUCAACAGGGUUAUCGGCAGGAGUUCUUGCAAUCUUUAAAACUCUGUGCCUGUAUAUUGGAGCUUUUCCAGGGUUGGAGGUCUGUUUUGAAAGGGGAAGAUAGAUGCAAGUUUUCAUAGCACUGAGCCAGCCUUGGGUAGAAGAAAGAUCUUUAUUGAUAUUAACUUGGUCCCCAAGGCCUUUCCAUCCAACAGAGUCCUCAUGUGUUCAGACCACUCUGGCUGGCCAGGAUGAGUUCCAGAUACACCUCUGGGCAUUUUGUCUUUGAGCAUUAGUAGGAGUUGCUCUUUAAUUUCCUCUCCAGAAUCCUCCAGAGUUGAACUCCCAUCUGGCUGGUAGCAUCUGACAAUCAUGGUUGUGUCCUACUUCUGUCUCUACCUUCUUGCUUCUCAUGAAGCAAGAUGGAAUCACGAGAAGGGGUAGAGAGAGACACGGCUAAAAUUUAAAAUAUCUAUAUAAUUUUGAAAAAAAAAAUAGAGACCUUAUAUCUCAAUGACCUUUUGACCACAGAGGACCUGGUCCUGAUGGUCCCCUUGCCUACGCCAUCUGUUUAUCUGGCUGGUGAUCCCUGCCCAAAUGUGGCUGGUUGGCUAUUUUUAAUUUUUUUAAAACUUUUGUUCAAAUGGAAGAUUCUCUGUACACUUCCCAAAAGAUGCUUCCCCAAGUCACUGCCUCAGUCAUCUGUCUUCUCUCAAACCACCAAGGUAGCUUCAGGAGGUGUGUGGUGCUUAGUUUGGAGACAGUGAUCACCUUUUCUGUAAUGCAUUUCCUGGGACUUAAAACCUCCCACCAUCUGAUUUAUCUGUCCUUUCCUAUUGGUGUCAACUUCUGUGAUUACACAGUGAUAAAACCUCCCACCCAUUCACAGGAUCCCAGUUGUGUGGACACAACCCAUGGAGACUCCUAAAAUUAACUGCUUUUAUAAGGCAAUUGAAACCUCUCUCUCUCUCUCUCUUUUCGAUCAACUUGUUUUAAUUGUGAAAUUUUAAAAACAAUUUUAAUGUAUUUAAUAAAUUAUUCUGAGAAAACUGCAAAAGGUUUUGGUCAAUGUGCCCUCUCUUCCUCUUUUGAUUCAGCUUUCUGUAGGCGUGAUUUGGUAGGUUUUGAGAUACUUCUCCUUAAUCAGUUGUAUCUUGAGAACAUAAAACCCUGCCAGGUCAGACUAAAGAUUCAGCAUCCUUUUUCUUAAAAGCACCAACUCUGGAAAGUCCAUGAGAAGUACAGAAAAUAUUAACUGCCUCCUACCUGUCUCAAUAGAGGUGAAUAUGUGUAGCUUAGGGUUGAACUGUGGAGUCCUUGGGGUUCUCAAGCUCAGAGAACCCCAAGGACUUCUAUCUGUCUUCCCCACAACUGGUAUGAAGUUGUGUUUUGGGAACCCAGCAAUUGUAGUUUGUCAAGCAGGGUUUAUAGAUUUGCAUGACACGUGAACAAAUUCAGCUGGAACUGAUGAGAGCUCAGUCCAAAACACUGAGUGGACACCAGAGUGCCCAACUAAAGUAAAACAAGAACUUCAGCAUGUGGACAUCCUACUACAGAUAGUACAUUCAAUUCUCCCUUAUUACAAAUGGUGACGCAUCCGCUGGACAGUUCUUCAAAAAUAAAAA